UACACAAAAUAUACCGUUAAUGCAUACAUUUAGCGAGAUAUUAGACACAAUGAAUAGUAUUUCAGUACGGUAUGAGCAAAUGAAGAAAUAUGAAGUCAACCAGGAUAAGCUCGAGAAUAACACACUCGUACAGUUUGCCGAAUGGACAGUUAACCCAAGUACUCAUUCUGUACCUCAUUUAAUGGAUCGCUUGCAUACGAUGCUGUUUAUCAAUGGAAGAGGCAAGUUUAAUGCAUCGACAUCGGACAAUGUCCUUCGGUUAUUGGCACAAAACUAUGAAGAGUCUAAGGGAAUCUGUCAAUCGCAGCAGUCGACACAACAAUUUUUGUACUCACUGUAUACGGAUAUUGCACUAACGGAACUGAAGGGGUAUACUAUGAUCGAGUUCUCCUGGCCGAUCCUUCGAAACUAUGGCCAAGCAAAUUAUUCCCAAGAAGCGGAAAUACUACGUUGGGAUUAUGGAAAUCGUACCGAACGAGCUAUUAAUUCACUCAGGAAGGCGAUGGAAAGUUCGAGUCGAAUUGUCUGGCGUUGUGAUCCCGAUGAACAUAUCCCUAAGGUUACCUACGAUGAGGUUACAAGAUUGUUGCAAGGCUUUCUUGCCAACGAAGUGGAACUGAAUAGGGAUUGGUCUUGCACCUCAACCUGUUCUGAUUAUAAUUAUGCACGAAGCGAGAGUUUUAACUAUCCCCACCAACUACAACAGCCCGAGUGUACGGGUAUUGUGCGCAAUUGCCAGUUUGUCGAUUCCGAUAUGACGGUGUGUCAGUCUCCAAGUGGAAGCAGUCGUCGCUACGACUACAUUCAAUAUGACAAUGGACGAGUUCUGGGACAGAGCAAAAAAUGUGAGCGAGGCACUACGAAUAAAGUGGAAAGCUGGCACCGUUGGAUUGUCCAGAAAUGCAGCUACUGUUUCUGCCUCUGUGACGAGCAGGGUCCGAAAUCUGAUCGAUACUUCAAUCUACGAGAGGCCAUUGCUGAUGUCGAGGGGAAUAAGGUGGUGACUGGACUGCGGUUUGUGAAGAAGAAUCGUGUAUUCCAUUUACAAAUACAACAGGGAAAACUUAUGCCUCGCGGCGUCAUCGAUGAUAAGACGCUCGAGUGGAAACCUGUUGAUGAAUACCAGAUAACUGAUGCAAAUAUAGUCAAUGGAGUGGAUUAUCAUACAAUGAACUAUUCGAGCCGUUCCAUGGAUCUGGAUAAUAUUAUGAACCCGAAUGACAACAGUUCUGUGGUAACCGGAUUACGUUUCCGUGUAUUGGGCUCACAUCUGAAUCUCAUGGCACAAAUUUCUAAAUUUGAUUUCGCAACUGGAAAGCUUCUUCAACCGAAGUGGCACUUAAUUGACGACAAUAAUAGGCAAAAAUUAAAUCUUGAUAGUCUGGACAUGUCGACGCGUACAAAUAUAAAGUCUUUGCCACUGUCGAAGCAUAACCAAUAUCUUGACUUUGUCAACUCUGGAAUGGAUAAGGAUGCGGCACAAACUACCAUACCAUUUAUUGAUGUACAGGAUGUUGUAUCCAAUCCCCCAGCACCGUUAGCUGGCAUUGGCCUCUACUAUAAGUCUAGUCCUGGCUUUGGCGGAUUUGUUGCUCCCAAAACCAUCAUCUAUGACUUCGCACCUCAUGUUCAGGUAUCCGCGAAUAAAUCCUAAAAAUUGUCAGCUUG